UUUAUCGAAUUUUCCCUAAACCAAAUAAACCGACAACAUGUUUAUGCUUUUAUAGAUGAUGUUACAGUAAAAAUACAAAGAAAAACACGAAUCUGUCAAGUGUAUUUCGUGUUGGUUAGAUAUCAGCUGUGUUUAUCGAUUUCGACCUAAAUUCUAAAUUUCAAUGUGUUUUAAAACACAUUAUAAUGGUUACUUAAGCUAAUAAGGCUGAUUAGGUAUGUAAAUAGUUUUGCUUCACCGUUUCGCGACAUUCCACAAAAGAUUGUAGAAAAUUUUUUAAUACAACAGUGUUGAAAAAAUGUCUUCGCAACUAAAGCAAUUUAUAAACUGCCGGAUACUCAGGGAUCAUAAAAUUAUUAGAGAAGACUUUUGGAUUAGAGAUGGUAAAAUAAUUGACCCAGAAAAAGUAUUUUUUGAUGAAAAAAUCCAAGCUAACCAACAGAUCGAUUGUAAAGGAGCCAUAAUUGCACCUGGUUUUAUAGAAUUACAGAUAAAUGGUGGAUUUGGUUAUGAUUUCUCAAAUUUAAAUGAUACUCAAGAAGGAAUUAAUUGUGUGGCUAAAGGUUUAUUAGCCCAUGGAGUAACAUCAUUCUGUCCAACUGUUGUUACAUCACCAAAAGAAAUUUACCAUACUGUUUUGCCCAAAAUACAAAAACGAAAAGGAAAUAAAGAUGGUGCCACUAUUUUGGGUGUUCAUAUAGAAGGACCAUUUAUUAACAUUCAGAAAAAAGGAGCUCAUCCAGAGCAGCAUAUCAAAACUUUCGAAAAUGGGUUUGAAAGUGUUUUAGAUAUGUAUGGAACUUUAGAUCAUGUUCAAAUCAUCACAAUUGCGCCAGAAUUAGAGAAUUCUAAAAUAGUCAUUGAGGGAUGUAUUCAAAGAAAUAUUAUUGUUUCUGUUGGUCAUUCUAUGGCUGAUUUAAGCUCUGGAGAAGAAGCUGUUAAGAAUGGGGCAACUUUUAUAACACAUUUAUUCAAUGCAAUGUUACCUUUCCAUCACCGAGAUCCUGGUUUAGUAGGAUUAUUAACAUCAGAUCAACUACCGGAAGGAAAAACCGUUUAUUUUGGAAUCAUUUCUGAUGGAGUUCAUACUCACCCUGCUGCUUUAAGAAUUGCUCAUAGAGCGCAUCCAAAUGGUUUAGUUUUGGUGACAGAUGCAAUUUCUGCUAUGGGUUUAGCACAAGGAAAACAUAAUAUUGGUCAAUUAGAAAUUGAAAUUCGCGAUAAUAAAGCGUACAUUGCAGGAACUGAUACAUUAUGUGGCAGUAUUACUACUAUGAAUAAAUGCGUACAAAUUUUUAUGCAAUCAACUGGAUGUUCUAAAGAAUACGCUUUGGAAACUGCAACUUUACACCCAGCUCAAGUACUUGGGAUUACUGACAAAAAAGGGACUUUAAAUUUUAAUGCAGAUGCUGAUUUUAUAAUUUUAAAUGACGAUUUAGAUGUACUCGAAACUUGGAUUGCUGGAGAAUGUGUGUAUAAAUAAUGUUCUUAAUUUUAAUAUGUAAAAAAAUAAUUAUUAUUUAGGUGCUAAAUAAGGUGUGUUUAUAAAAAGAAGUUGUAACAUUUUAUAUUUAACACAAAAUCUAAUAUAUAUC